GGAAAAAAAUAAAAAUAAAUUCGUAGUUAGUCUUGUGUCCACUUUCUUUGUAUCCGUGUAAGCGCACACUCUAAGAAGGAGCUUUCUUCACGGUGGCAACCAAAGUUUACUAAUUUUCAAUUCAAAGUCUGCAUUUUUUUGUCAACCCUGUCCUUGAUUUGUUUAAUAUAAAAACAAUUACCCACCAAACCACCAUUUAGCAGAGUGGGUUAGCCAAAGCCUUAGGCUUUCUUGGAGAGUAUAUAGAAGUGUUUGGUGGGGGGUGACAGAAGAGUCCAAAUCUUCGUUUAUUGUCCUUACAUUUCUGUUUCUUUUGGUUUUUCAUUUGGGAAGCCCAAUUCUUUUAUCUUGCUUCUUGAACAGUAUAUCCCUAGCUCAAUGGCUUGUUUAUUUCUGAAGCUUUAGCCUUCUGGGAAUCUGGAUUUAUUGAUGUAAUUAAAGAUUGAUGGUUGUAUUACUGCUUUCUUUGUACUCUCUUUUGCUUACAGAAUUUGUUGUCAUAGGAGAAUCUGAUUCUUCUUUCUGAUAAUGGCAUACCACCUCCCACUCUUUUUUCCCCUUGGUUGUCUGAGGCAUGUGUGUCCCAGGAGUUUCCUUGCUCCUCCUCUGAUUUCUUGCUUUUGAAAUAUUCUUUCUGUAUUUUACAAGGUGAUAUGAUAUAUUGAUAUCAAAGUAUUUAUAGUUGGAUGCCCAUGAGUUAAAAUAAUGACUUUUGCUUUAAACUUCCUCAUUAUGAAUCAAUUCUUGGAGAAAGAAGGGAUUUUGAUUGGCUGAAAACUGGGUAUGCAAAAUCUGGUGAACAAAUUAGCAGCUAGAAUGAAAGCAAUUUGGAUUGUUCUAUCAUGGCUUUUCCUUUUGGGAGUGUGCUCAAAGGGGUUGAGCAAGAAUGUUAGUUCUAGACCUGCUGUUGUAAAUGUUGGAGCCAUUUUUGUAUUGGAUUCGAGUAUUGGCCGAGCUGCCAAGGUUGCGAUCGAGGAGGCUGUUAAAGAUGUGAACUCCAAUUCCAGUAUCCUCCAUGGAACCAAACUAGUGAUGAUGCAUCAAAACUCCAAUUGCAGUGGGUUUCUUGGCAUGGUUUCAGCCUUGAAAUUUAUGCAGACAGAUGUUGUUGCUAUCUUAGGUCCACAGUCUUCGGUUGUUGCCCAUACUAUAUCACAUGUUGCAAAUGAACUCCAAGUUCCUCUCUUGUCAUUUGCUGCUACGGACCCCACACUCGCUUCUCUUCAGUUCCCUUACUUUCUUAGGACGACACAAAGUGACAUGUACCAGAUGAUGGCAAUUGCUGACGUCAUUGAUCAUUACGGUUGGAAGGAGGUUAUUGCGGUUUUCAUUGAUGAUGAUUACGGGAGAAAUGGUAUUGCUGCUUUAGAUGAUGCACUUGCUGCAAAGCGAUGCAAAAUCUCCUACAAAGCGGGUAUCCCCCCGGGUGCUACUACUCGGGCUGAAAUAAUGGAUAUUCUUGUCCAGAUUGCGUUAAUGGAGUCUAGAGUCAUGGUUCUUCAUGCCUAUCCCGCUGCAGGGUUCAUGGUUUUCUCGGUGGCACACUAUCUUGGAAUGAUGGGUGAUGGUUAUGUUUGGAUUUCUACGGAUUGGCUUUCGACGGUCUUAGAUUCUUCUUCUCCCCUCCCUUCUGAGAAGAUGGAAAUCAUGCAAGGAGUUCUUGUUUUGCGUCAACAUACUCCGGAUUCUGAGUUAAAGAGAGCGUUUACGUCUCGGUGGAAACAUUUGACGGGUGGUAGUUUAGGGCUAAAUUCGUAUGCCCUUUAUGCCUAUGAUAGUGUUUGGUUGAUUGCACAUGCGAUUGAUUCGUUCUUAAACAAAGGCGGGGUUAUCUCGUUUUCUAAUGACUCGAAAUUACAAUCAAUUGAAGGGAGUACUCUUCAUCUCGAAGCAUUGAGCAUCUUUGACGGGGGGCCACUUCUGCUAAACAACUUAUUGCAGAGUGAUUUUGUUGGUUUAACGGGACAGUUCAAGUUCAACAAUGACAAAAGUCUCGUUCUUCCUUCAUAUGAUAUACUAAAUGUAAUAGGAACGGGCUUUCGAACUAUUGGUUUCUGGUGCAAUUACUCCGGGUUGUCAACUGCUCCUCCCGAGACUCUUUACUCGAGACCGCCCAAUAGUUCAAGUGCAAAUCAAAAACUAUAUGGUGUAGUUUGGCCUGGGCAGUCGGUAAAAAAGCCCCGGGGGUGGGUUUUCCCGAACAACGGUAAGCAACUGAGAAUUGGGGUGCCCAUUAGAGUUAGUUAUAAAGAAUUUAUCUCGCAAGUCCCCGGGACCAACACUUUCAAAGGCUUUUCAGUCGAUGUGUUCACCGCUGCUGUAAACUUGUUGCCAUAUGCUGUUCCGUUUCAGUUCGUUCCCUUUGGAAAUGGCCGUGAAAAUCCGAGCUACAGUGAGUUGGUCCGAUUAGUGUCAACUGGGUAUUUUGACGGUGCUAUUGGUGACAUUGCCAUUGUCACGAACCGGACAAAAGUUGUGGACUUCACACAGCCAUAUGUUGCGUCUGGACUUCUCGUUGUUGCCCCAUUUAAGAAGUUGAACACGGGUGCUUGGGCCUUUUUAACGCCGUUUUCUGCACAAAUGUGGGGAGUAACUGCUUUUUUCUUCGUUGUUGUUGGAAUUGUUGUAUGGAUCCUGGAGCACCGGAUGAAUGACGAGUUUCGUGGGUCACCUAAACAGCAGCUAAUAACCAUUCUUUGGUUUAGCCUUUCAACUCUGUUUUUUGCACAUAGAGAGAAUACUGUGAGCACCCUUGGUCGAAUGGUGUUAAUCAUAUGGCUCUUCGUGGUCUUGAUCAUUAACUCCAGUUACACCGCAAGUUUGACCUCUAUCCUCACAGUGCAACAGCUAUAUUCUCCGAUUAAGGGAGUUGAAAGUUUGAAGGAAGGCAAUGAUCCCAUAGGCUACCAAAUUGGUUCUUUUGCUGAGCAUUAUUUGAUCGAGGAAAUUGGUAUAUCUAAAUCCAGACUUAUUGCGCUGGGAUCGCCCGAAGCCUAUGCUGAAGCACUCGAGAAGGGGCCACAUAAAGGAGGCGUUUCUGCAAUCGUGGAUGAACGCCCAUACGUCGAAAAUUUCUUGUCAACCCAAUGCAAAUUCAGAAUUGUUGGCCAAGAAUUCACCAAAAGUGGCUGGGGUUUUGCUUUUCCACGGGACUCCCCCUUGGCGGUGGACAUGUCAACUGCAAUCUUAUCGCUGUCAGAGAACGGGGAUCUCCAGAGGAUUCACGACAAGUGGUUGACACGAACCAGUUGCAGUUCAGAGAGUACUGAGCUUGAGUCGGAUCGUCUUCAUCUCAAGAGCUUCUGGGGUCUCUUUCUUUUAUGUGGGGCGGCCUGCUUUCUUGCACUCUUUAUAUACUUUGUCCAAAUCAUGCUCAAGUUCCGGAGAGUUGCUCGUGCUGAACCCGUUGCAGAUGGCUCGAGUAGUACACGGUCUAGACGUCUGCAAACACUGCUAUCACUCAUUGAUGAGAAAUCGGACCCAUCAAAGAGGGACAAAAAGAGGAGAAAGAUUGAUAGAUCAUUAUCCGACGAAAACAGUGGAAGCAACUUGGCGAGGGAUCCGGGUGGGGGAAGCAGCGAGAGAUCUCUCGAGAUCAAUGGACAUUUUGACCAAAUACACACAUGAUCAAAAGCGGUAUGCAAUCCAGAACGAGAUGGUUUUUAUGACUUUACAAUUCAAACUCAAUACAUGAAGCUGUAUAUAGUUCAGAACAGGAUGGUUUUAUGACUUUAUUCCAACACGAACCAUCCUCGCCUUCUCACAUCAGUGAAAGAUAAACUGUCUAUUAUAAUGUUGCAUCUUCAGUCUAGUCCCACAAGAGCAAAUCAUUUUGUAAAACAUCUAUGGAAUUAUGAUACACAAAUUAUAUUUAACAUAUAUGGUAUAUAUAUACUCAAUAUCUUUGGUUGAUCUCGACA